UUUCUUUUUGAUGGAAAAAGAUGAAAAUGAAAAACAAUUGUUAAUUGUUUCUAAUUAGUUAAAAAUUUAAUUUUCCCUUUAAAUUGUCUGUUUAUUUUGUUUUUGUUUUUUCCUUCUUAAUUAUUUGGGAGUGUUUUUAUUUUCGUUUAAAAUUACCAUGUCAGAAGAGACAAUUGCAAAUUCAAAUGAUGAGGUAAACAUUGGUGAGAUUAGUGGUAAGGUUGAUAUAAACUUAACGUCGAUGCCUAAAUUGAUUCCAAUUGAAGAGAUGGAAAUUUGUACUCCACCGGUUACAGUUGAAGAAGAAACAACCCAAUUAACAACAAUUAAACCCGAUUUGAGAACAUUUAAUGGUUUGGUAUCAAAUUCUUGUUCAUUGGUACGAUGUUUAUACAUUUUCCCUGAUUCAUGUGAUUCCGAGACAAAUUAUAUUGUCCUAAUUCAAGAUGAUUGUAUUUCAAUUUGGUGGAGAGAAGAUAAUUCAACAAAACAUUGGCUUGUUGCUGAUCAUACAAUUGAAAAUGAACCUUCAAUUGUUGAAGGUUCAUCAAUUGAAACGGAACAAUUUAUCUGGAUUGUAUUGGCUUAUGAUGGUACCAAAGAAUUAAACCUGAUUCAUCUUAAAUUUGAUAAAAUUACAAAGGAAAUUAAACUUCACCUACGAGAAUUAUUUUCCAUGACAUUUAUCUCCUGUGAGAUGAUGCACAAGUGCCAAACUUUUAUCAAAAUUACCUGUUUACCAAAGGAAAAAAGUGCCCUCAGUUUACCUGGACCAUCAAGUACAAUUAGAUUAUUUUUAUAUGAUCUACCAACAUCAAGGAAAACACUUUUAACUGCAUUGAAAAAAGAUGCUUCCCUUAAUCACUUAUAUCCUGUCGAUGAUUGGGAUAAUGUUUUAAUUGCUCUUUAUGACCAUCAAAUUCAACUAUGGAACACAACUGACAAAUCAAUCAUCAACUCAGUUUUAGUAGAUAAAUCUGUCUUUCGAAAUAAAUUUUGCUUCAAUGUUUUGCAUGAUAAAGGUUUGGUACAUCUAUUCCUUGGAGAUUCUCGGUCAAGUGCAAUAGAAGUGAUUGCUUUGAAUCCCAAAACCGGCAGAUAUGCCACCCUAAUGAGCUGUAAACUUUUUGAUUCCGAGGUGACCUCCACCUCCACCACAAGUACCACCGACACUACUACUACUAAUAGUGACACAAUAACUGCCACCAAUCAAGUCAAUAUAAAUAAAAUAAAGCGAAGUGGAGAUCAGUUACUUGUUAUUAAAGAUGAUGGACUAAUUGUUUAUGAUCUGGCCAAUAAUAAAUUGGUUCUUAAUUGUGAUCAAGGUUCAAUUGCAGAUUCCUCGAUUGGCUUUGUUAAUGAUGUAGCCGUGAUAUUUGCUGCUACUCUUAAUGGAAAAGUAAUUAACCUUCUCAACACUUAAUAAGAGUUAUAUCAUUCAAAGAUUCAAUCAACAUUUUCAACUCAAAAGAGAGACAAAGAAAAUUUCAACAAAAAAUACAAAAAAUAAUCUAUUAUUUUUUAUUUCUGUAACCAAUUUCAUCCAAAAUUCACCAGCAAAAAACACACACACACACUCACAUAUACUGAAUAAAACUUUUUUCUUUCCAUAAUAAACACAAAAAGAAAAGUAUUGAACAAAAAUUGAAGAGCAAAAUUAACAGUGAAAACAAAUUCACUUGAAAGUAAAAUCCAUGAAAUGAAGCAACUUUUUCCAAUAGAAACACCAAAUAAAGAUGAAAACCUACACAGUUGAUCAAUUAA